AAGGAUCUCCUGGAAAUGAGAGUUGGAUUGCUGUGGCUCAUCUCUCUUUUCACUCUGACCGAGGGCAUCAACGGCUUCCUGCAGCAGAAAAAUGAUGCCAACAAAACAAAACGAGAUGUCAGUGUGGUUGAGAAAAGGCAUCCAGUCCAGGAGUAUGAGGUGCUGAUUCAGAUGACAUACAGCGAUCUUGAGGAGAAGAGAGAACUGAAAAGGUUUCUGAAGCAUUUGAAAUCUCCAUCACGAUGCUUACACGGGCCCAGCAAGAUCAUCAGAGCGAAGGCCACAACGUACUGCAGAAGCCUGAAGGGGUUCCUGGAGUGUGCCUGUGAAGAUAGCUAUACGUGGUUUCCUCCCUCCUGCCUUGAUCCCUGGAACUGCUACCUUCACACAACAGGACGCCUCCCAAGCUGUAAUUGCCCUCUCAAAGGCCUCAGUCAGAGUGUUAGUUUCUGUGAGAGAGCAAAGGUUUGGGGCACUUUUGAAAUUAAUGAAAAAUUUACCAAAGACCUCUGGAAUCCAUCUUCUGCUGUAUAUACCUACUAUACAACUGAAAUUGAAAACCAACUUAAAGAAGCAUACAGAGGAAUCCGUGGUUUUGAGUCAGUUAAGGUCACCCAGUUUCGAGAAGGAAGCAUCAUUGUUGGCUAUGAAGUGACUGGAUCCAGUAGCACAGCUGAAUUCCUGUCUGCCAUUGAGCAGGUGACUGAAAAGGCACGUUUGGCCCUGAAAAGGAAGUUCUCAGUUGAAGAUGGCUCUUUUCGAGUGUUUGGGAAAGUCCAGUGUAACAGCAUCUCCUUUGGAUUCGGAUCUGUGAAUGAUGAAUAUACUGUACCCUGUAGCAGUGGCUUUACUGGAAAUAUCACCAUCAGGUGCCAGCAUUCUGGGUGGGAAAUCACCAAGGAGUACUGUGUGCUCUCUCUGCUGGCAGAACUGAAUAAGAAUCUCAGUAUGAUAGCAGGCAACAUCACAGAGGCAGAUGUGUCAGCUUUGGUACACAAUCUUUCGGCCAUCGUUCAGCAAAGCUCGUCCACCACAGUUGGGACCCUGGCUUCAGUGGUAUCACUUCUGAGCGACAUUGCAUCCCUGUCACUGGCAAAAGCUUUGACAGUGUCUAAUUUGACAUUGGAGAAUGUCAUCAACAUCGCUGAUCGUAUUCUGAACCCAUCCUCCAUAACUAAUUGGACAAUUUUAUUAGAAGACAGAAAUAAUACCAGCUCCCAGCUGCUAGAGACUUUGGAAAAUAUCAGCACUCUAAUACCUUCCACUGCUCUGCCUCUUAAUUUUUCUCGAGAAUUCAUCGACUGGAGAGGGACUCCAGUGACCCAAAUACAAAGGACACGGGGUUACAACUACCAGAUUGAAAUGAUACAACAAAGUGCCUCUCAGCCCAUCCGAGGCCAUGUGCUUAUUGAACCAGAUCAAUUCCAGAAAUCCCAUUCAAAGACUAUUAUCAGCAUGGCCUCCCUGACCUUUGGGAACAUUCUACCCAUCACCCACAGAGGAAAUGCACGCAUCAAUGGGCCUGUGAUAGCCACACUUAUCCAAAACCAUUCCGUCAGUGAAAUUUUCCUAAACUUUUCCAAGAUAGAGGGAAACCUGAGCCAGCCUCGUUGUGUGUUUUGGGAUUUCAAUCACUUGCAGUGGAGCAAUGCAGGCUGCCAACUAGUUAAUGAAACGGCAGACACAGUACUGUGCCGAUGUACUCACCUGACCUCCUUCUCCAUGCUCAUGUCACCCUCUGUUCCCUCUUCAAUUGUCCCCGUGGUGAAAUGGAUUACAUACAUAGGACUGGGCAUCUCCAUUGCAAGUCUAAUCUUAUGCCUGAUCAUCGAGUCUCUGUUUUGGAAGCAAACCAAGAAAAGCCAAACCUCAUACACACGCCACGUUUGCCUGGUGAACAUCGCCUUGUCACUCUUAAUUGCUGAUGUUGGGUUUAUCAUUGCUGCCACUGUGGAUGCCACUGUCAGCCCUUCUGGAGUCUGUGUAGCCGCGGUGUUCUUUACCCACUUUUUCUACCUCGCUUUGUUCUUCUGGAUGCUUGCGCUCGGCACCCUUCUGGCUUAUCGGAUCGUCCUUGUGUUCCAUCACAUGGCUGCGCCAACCAUGAUGGCCACUGGGUUCUGCCUGGGCUACGGGUGCCCUCUCCUUAUAUCCAUCAUCACCAUUGCAGUCACCCAACCUAGCAACAGCUACAAAAGGAACAACGUGUGUUGGCUUAACUGGUCUGAUGAGAGCAAACCUCUCUUGGCCUUCGUUGUUCCUGCAUUGACUAUUGUGGCUGUGAAUUUGGCUGUGGUGCUGCUGGUCCUUAGGAAGCUCUGGAGGCCAGCAGUUGGAGACAGACUGAAUCGGGAUGACAAGGUCACUGCCAUCCGCAUGGGAAAGAGCCUCCUCGUUCUGACCCCACUGCUAGGGCUCACCUGGGGCUUCGGCAUAGGGACAAUGAUGGACAGCCAGAAUCUGGCUUGGCAUGUUCUUUUUGCUUUACUCAAUGCUUUCCAGGGAUUUUUCAUCUUCUGUUUUGGAAUUCUCUUGGAUAAUAAGCUGCGGCAACUUCUGUACAACAAGUUGACUCCGUUAAGCUCCUGGAAGCAAGCACGGAAGCAAAACUCCUCAGAUAUAGUUACCAAGCAUAAAGGCUUAAAACCUUUCAACAUACUACAGCACAAAGGCAUCUAUGCACUUUCUCAUACUGGAGAUUCGUCUAAUGAGAUCACAUUAACCCAGUUUUUAUCAACGGAAUAAAGCCAGGAGUCAU